AUGGAUUACCUCACCGCCAGAGGCAACGACAGCAACGCCACCUUUGGGUACCCGCCCGGGGCGGAGGUGGUGGCGGACUGGCUGGGCUUGGACCACGACGACCACGACAACAACACCGGCGGUUCCCACUCCUUCCCGUACGUGCAACUGUGCUACCAGAUGGUCACCUCCCUGCUCCUGGGCGCCCUCAUCCUGUGCUCCAUCUUCGGCAACGCGUGCGUGGUGGCGGCCAUCGCCCUGGAGAGGUCCCUCCAGAACGUGGCCAACUAUUUGAUCGGAUCCCUGGCCGUGACGGACCUCAUGGUGUCGGUGCUGGUGCUGCCUAUGGCGGCCCUGUACCAGGUCUUGAACAAGUGGACUCUGGGACAAGGCAUCUGCGACUUGUUCAUCUCUCUGGACGUGUUGUGCUGCACGUCGUCCAUCCUGCACCUGUGCGCCAUCGCCCUGGACCGCUACUGGGCCAUCACGGACCCCAUAGACUACGUCAACAAGCGCACCCCGAGGAGAGCCGCGCUCCUCAUCAGCGUCACCUGGCUGGUGGGCUUCUCCAUCUCCAUCCCGCCCAUGUUGGGCUGGAGGAGCGCCGAGGACCGGGCCGACCCGGACGCCUGCAUCAUCAGCCAGGACCCGGGCUACACCAUCUACUCCACCUUCGGGGCCUUCUACAUCCCCCUCAUCCUCAUGCUGGUCCUCUACGGGCGGAUCUUCAAGGCGGCCCGCUUCCGGAUCCGAAAGACGGUGAAGAGGCCCGAGAAGGUCAAAGGUGAGCGCUGUUUGACUUUGUCCCCCGCGGCGCACCACAAGAAGAGCAACGGGGAGUCGGGCGGCGGGAGGCCGUGCGUCAACGGCGCCGUGCAGUUCGGCGACGAGGCAGAGUGCCUGGAGGUGAUGGAGGCGAGCGGCUCCAAAAGCCACCUGGCCCUGCCCAACACCCCGCAGUCGUCCUCGUGCGAGAACCUCAACGAGAGGAACAGCGGCGCCAAGCGCAAACUGGCGCUGGCCCGAGAGCGCAAGACGGUGAAGACGCUGGGCAUCAUCAUGGGCACGUUCAUCUUCUGCUGGCUGCCCUUCUUCAUCGUGGCAUUGGUCCUGCCCUUCUGCGCCGAGAGCUGCUACAUGCCCGAGUGGCUGGGCGCCGUCAUCAACUGGCUGGGCUACUCCAACUCCCUGCUCAACCCCAUCAUCUACGCCUACUUCAACAAGGACUUCCAAAGUGCUUUCAAGAAGAUUGUCAAGUGCAAAUUCCACAGGCCGUGACCGCACCGUUCAUUAGGUGCUCAAUUCAUUAGCUAUAAAUACAAGAGCUGUAUCAUAGAAACAGAGAGUGACCUCAACUUUGCUAUUAUUAACCAUGUUUAUUACUGUGGUUGUAGUUUGCAUUGCAUCACAUUGUGUGCGUAAAAAAAAAAAAAAAACAUCAGUCAGCUGCUUAGCUUCUUCCAUCUUGUAGUCAGCAUCAAGGCUGGCACAAAAACUGUAAAAGAAGUUGUUUUUUAAAAUAUGCACUCCAGAUCUCCC